AUAACGAAUCUUCGUGAACCUUUGUUUUGUUCAAAGCACUGCAACCAACAAUUCAUUUUCCUCUUUCUGGUUUUCUUCUUGGCGAGCCAUUUUUCGGGUACUCUUUUAUUUUUCUUUCUUCCUCCCUGUUCUUCGUUUCUUGUUGACGACGAGGAGAUGGUGGGGCAACAGACGUUGAUCUAUAGCUUUGUGGCUCGAGGGACUGUGAUCCUGGCGGACUACACCCAGUUCAACGGCAAUUUCACCACCAUCGCCGCCCAAUGCCUCCAGAAACUGCCUUCGACCAAUAACAAGUUCACCUAUAAUUGCGAUGGCCACACCUUCAACUAUCUCGUCGAAAAUGGCUUCACCUUCUGCUUGGUUGCGGUUGAAUCCGCUGGCAGGAAAAUCCCAAUCGCGUGUCUGGAGCGGAUCAAGGACGAAUUCAACAAGAAAUACGCAGGAGGGAAAGCUUCGAGUGCCAAAGCUAACGGCCUCAAGAAAGAGUUUGGGCCCAAGCUGAGGGAUAACAUGCAGUACUGCGUGGAUCAUCCUGAGGAGAUCAACAAGCUUGCAAAAGUCAAGGCUCAGGUUUCAGAGGUGAAGGGUGUGAUGAUGGAGAACAUUGAGAAGGUUCUUGAUCGUGGCGAGAAGAUCGAGCUGCUCGUGGACAAGACCGAAAACCUCCGUUCGCAGGCACAGGACUUCAGACAACAGGGAACCAAGAUCAAGAGAAAGAUGUGGUACGAGAACAUGAAGAUGAAGCUCAUCGUGUUCGGUAUCUUCGCCGCCUUGAUCCUGCUCAUCUGGCUAUCCGUUUGCCAUGGCUUCAAGUGUCAGUAGUAGUAAAAACUACUUCAAGGAAGUAAGUUCUGCUGGGAAUCAAGAUCCCCCAUGCACGCACACAUUUCACAACUAGCCAUCGUUCAAGUCGGCUUUUCUGUUUGUAAUGUUUUUACUCCCUUGUUCUUGGUUUGGCCAAUUUUGGGUGGGGUUUUUGCUUUGUUCAUUGAUCUAUUUUUUUGCAGAUCUCUCCAUGACUGUAGUUAAAUUAGGAAGUCAGAACAGCCGUGUACUUCUGUUUCCAUAUUUAGUUUUUGUUUGGAUUGAUUGGAUACGGUUAAAACCCUGUUUUUGUUGGGUAUCUUGCCGUAGAUUUGCUCUG